AUGAAAAUAAUCACUCCUAUUUUUAUUUUGUGUCUCCGAGACUUUUAUCUCGAGGUGAAAGACGAAGAUGGUACAGAAAUGUCUCCGGAUAAAUACUUUGAGAAAUGUUUGUCUAUGUCAGACGGCAAAGGCAAAGAAAAAAUUGACGAAACGAGGGAAUGCAUCAAAAAUUACUUUCCCAGAAGAAAAUGCUUCACGCUCGCGCAACCAGCUAUGGGCAAAAAGCUUGCUAAAGUUGAUGAUUAUAUCGAUGAUCAACUCAACGACGAAUUUGUACGUGACUGUAACAGUCUUCAAGAAUAUGUGUAUGCAUGUGAACAUAAAGUUACAGAUGCAGUUACAAGGGCUCCAAUUAAAGGUUCUGACUUUGAAUCUUUUACGCAAACAUAUGUGGCAGCAAUGCGAACAGGAUCAAUACUGUCAUACGAUAAAGCAUUUGAUCAGGUGUCCAUAUUUCACAACAGCAAGCUAGUUGUUACAUCCGUACAUGAAUUUGAAACUGAACUGAAGAAAAUGGAUAUACCUGUGAAGCGUAAAACAGACAUAGCAGGAAAAGCAAUUGAGAUACUUAACAUAAAGCUCAAACAAUUGAGGGCAAAGAUGUAUCCGUACAGAAUUGAUAUAUUUGAAGAUAAGGCAAUGAAAAAAAUGAAAAAGAUUGCUGAUGAAUUUCGUGAACAAAACAGUGCACUCGUUCUACACAUCUUACUAGAAGCUCUUGAAAAGCUUCACAAUGUCAUGAUUAAACAAAAUGAGGCUUGGUUUGAUGCAAAGGGAGGUUUGGAAUUGUACAGUGAGAAUAUCGGUUAUAUAAAAGAAGGGUUUCAUAGAGAAAUGGAAGACUAUGACGAAGAUGAGCGGUUGAAAGCAAUAAUCAAUUUUGAAAAGAGUAUCAAUGAUGAGAAAUUGGAGAUUGCUUUCCGUGCCAAAUUGCAUGAGGAUAGGGAAAGAAAAGGUGAUAUAUAA